AUGAAAGGAGAAAAUGAAAACGGCAGCUCCUACGAGACGAGUUACAUGGUGCUCUGCGAUGAGCGCGACACACUAGCAGACUCAAAAAGCCAAAUCGACUAUCUCGACUACUUUCUCAAUGACGGCGAGGUCACAUACACCAUGAACAUCGACAUAAUUUCACACAAAGACAUCAUUCCCGCUGGGGACACGAACGUCACUUUUCAAAAUCAAGUGGCGGACUUUUACUUCAAAAAAUCAGAGAAUCCAUGGCCGACUGCACCAAAUAACCCAAAAUUAGUUCCUACAUCGAAUCUUCUUUCGCUCACUGACAAAAGAAAUAUCAAACUGAAGAAGUACGUAAAAGUAACCAACAACGUUCGCGUUUCCGUUAUUCCAGUCUACCUCGGCCAAGGAUUCAUCCGCGAUCGACGAAUCUCCGGCGAAAAAUUUUCACGGAACGACUUCAUCAAGUCCAGACACUACUGGCAGUAUCACAUCACAAUUGAAAACCUGACAAACGAGCCGCUCGAGCUCAUCGAACGGCUGUGGUAUAUUUAUGAAGACAAUGAAAGUGAGGACGGAGACAGUAAGGAGGGGAGCUUGAAAAGAGUUGCUGGGAGAGGAGUUGUUGGAAAACAUCCGAUUUUAUUCAACGAAACGCAGCCUUUCAAGUAUACUUCCACUUUGGACAUUUCCACUGGCAAAGGACACAUGUGGGGCAAAUUUAUCUUUGAAAGUCGUCUCGAUGGACGCCCAGUAGAAGUUUUCGUGCCCAAGUUUGAACUCUCCUCCCACGUCGAAUACGGCGAAUACUGA